AUGGUGCCACCUCGUCGACGUGAGGACUUCCAGGACGUGCCCUACGGUGAGAAGUUGAUGGAGAAUCUGCAACAGUUGACGCAGAUCACACAGCUUCUGGGCAACACGAUGGUUCAGAACAACCAACGGGGGCAGCCGGACCUCGUUAGGAGGGUGGCGGGUCAGCACCCACCCUUCUUUGCUGGGCAGGAGGAUCUCGUGGUCCUCGAAGAGUGGAUAAGGGCCUUCGAUAAGAUCCUGGAGGUGGCGGAAUGCCCACCGGGUAGGCAAGCGGAGAUGGCUUGCUUUUAUCUGCAGGAGGAGGCUGAUCUCUGGUUGAUCCAUGAAGGGCCGACAAUGAGGCAGGAGCCGGGCUUCGGUUGGGAGUCCUUUAAGGACAAGAUGCGCGCCCGUUUCUAUCCCGCGCAUGUGAAGGCUGCUAUGCAGGAAGAGUUCUUACACCUCAAGCAGGGAUCGCGGACUGUGCAGAAGUACCACCAGCGCUUCUUGGAGUUAGCUCGCUUUGCUCCGACGUUGGCCCCCACAGAGGAGAGCAGGAUCGAUAGAUUUGUAGCUGGGCUGAAUUUGGACACUCGUAUGGCGCUGGUCGUGUUCAAAUUCCAGACACUGAGUGAGGCCUACAGUAGUGCAGCUGAUCACUACUGCGUGUUGACCAUCCGACGAGGAGAACAAGACCGCUCUAAGAGGCCGGGAGAGGGUGGUACAUCCGACCCCAAGAGGCCUAGACCUGGAGGCUCCGGUUCAGGAGGAAGUUUUCUGAAGGGUGGUGCUAACAGUGGAGGUGCUUCCCGCCCUGGCCUGGGGCAAGGACCGAGGGGUGACGGAAUCCGAGAGCGGCACUUCUACUGUAGGAGGUGUGGGAAAGAUCACCCAGGGAAGAACUGUGAAGGGUUUUUGGUUGAGUGUUUUAGUUGCGGUCAGCGAGGGCACAGAGCUUAUGAGUGCAUCUCCCGGAAGGGAGGAUCAUCCUAG